AUGGCUGUUACGAGUGGUAUGUUCUUAUUUGAAGUAGUGGUGGAGAAAGUAAAUAGUCUGGUCUCAAGUCGACACUUGAUCAUAAAAAGUGAUUUUGGUGACAUAUUUUCUUUAGAACUAAAAGAUCCUAAAACAAUGCAUAUUGUCAUGCCAGAACCGCCACCAUUACCACCAGAACCACCAGGCAAAAAGGGGAAAAAGAAAAAGCCAAAACCGCCUAAAAAAGGAAAAGGAAAAAAAGGCGCAGUUGAGGCUCCACCACCAGAGCCAACAAUACAAUCUGGUCAAUCAGUAUUGUUCGGAAGUAGCGCUGAGUUCUUAAUACAAAGUAUGGCAAAGUGUCCUUUGGAAAUUUCUCUGUGGAGCAAAGAGGAUAAUUUAACUUUUAUUGGCUCAGUUGCCAUUCCAUGGGAUCCCAUAUUUGUAUUAUAUCUAAAAAAAAUAGCUGAUAAUCAGGAAGCAACACCAGUUGUUUUAAAAGAGGAUUAUAAUAUUUUUGAAGAAGGAAAAGCCAGAAUGAUGGCAAAAAUAGGAAUGCAAGUAAAAUUAUCGUUUUUGACUAGUAAACUAACGACUUCAUUCAGGACUCUUUCAGAAGAUCCUUCAAUCAGGAAAUAUCUCUACACCGGUAUUAACUGCAAAACAACGUCAUAUAUGUGCACUUUAAAGACCACAGAUGAAGAAUUCGAACAAAACAGUGUUAAGAUUCCAAAUAAUUUUACUGUUGAUAAACCUAGUCAAAAAGCAAAUAAAAUUAAUUACGCAGAUUAUAAAAAUGCCCCAGGGGCUAAUCUCACCUUCUUUAACGAAGGAGAUUACUGUUGUAUGAAACACGCUGACAAACCUCCCGAAUCAAUCUAUAUAUCUCCAGAAACAUGCCCGGAUGUUGAUCAUAUUGUUGAUUAUGUAAGAAAAAUUAUUGUUUCUUGUAAUGACAAUAUGAGGAUGUUAACUCCAAAAUCUACUAUAAGACCAAGAAUUAAAGCUACAGAUAUCGACAGAUUAUGCUAUUGUAAGGAGACUAAGUGGCCUGAAGGUGAACUUGCUGAAAGGUUUAAAAAGGAAGCACUUAGUGCACCUUGCCCGCUCUGUAUUGAUGCUGGAAAGAAGCCUAAAGGCUCCCGUGCAGCCACGUUUGAUAUCGGCAAUAUAAGAGGGCCGUGUGGUAAACCAGAUUGCAAAAUUGCAAGGGACAUAAGAGCAUAUAUCGAGCAAUUAGUAGAUGAAGACAAUGAAGAAUUUAAUAUAAGCGACCUUUUAGGACCAUGCGGAAGCAAAGAUUGUACAAUAGUUGAGAAAAUACAAGAUUUUCUACAUCAUAGAGGCGCAUUUACGCACGAUUCCCAUGUUGAGGCCCUGCCUACUCAAUGUGCCUGUAUAGAAACUAUGCAAAAGGAGCUUAUCAAAAGGGACUCAUGUGACGAUGUCUGUAGUAAGGAUUGUCAAGAAACUGGAAGCGAUGCAAGCUCUUGUAAAGGCGAAGGUUGCCCCCAUACUAAUAAAAAAAUAGUUUAUAAUGUAUAUUACUUUACUGUGGAACAUGAUUUUGAUAAAAAAAGUGAAUCGGCUGCAUCUACCACACCGGCAGGUACUGCAUCACCUGAAGAUAAUGCACCGCCUAAGUCUAAAUUCCCACAUUGCCCAUCUACUUGCCCGAGUGUAAGAAAGUCUGAAAAUGUAUCCUGCUCUAAAACAACUUGUUCUGUAAGUGGUAAUAAGUUCGAUGUGAUUUCUAAAGAGACUGAGAGUCCAUCUACUUGUGUGUCACCAGUAUGCCCACCACUGAAUGAGUUGCCGCCAAGUCCUGCAGACAGUAAUAUAGUCAUUAACUUCGAUGAAAUUAAUAAUCCUUGCUGCGUAAAGUCGUGUACUGUUGCUGAACAAAUAAAAGACUUUAUAGAAGAUUCUGUACGUAAGAGUAAAAGUAAAAAAGAAUGCGCGGAGAAACUGGGAGAGGACGAAGAACCCUGCUAUUGUGAUUGUGUAUGUACUUUUAAAUUUUCGAGCAAAACCACUUACUGUCCCGUUUGCGGGGGUUAUCAAUGUCUUGGUGAUGAUGUUAGAGAGUUGCCAGAAUUUCAAAAGCCACAUCCAUGUCCUGUUUAUCACAAAUUGUAUGAUAAGAAGUAUAUAAAAACUCCAAAUCCUUGGCCCGAAGAAAAGCAAGGAGAAUCCGCAAAAGAAGUAGGAAGCGCAAAAAGUUCUAAGAUAGGUGCCAAGUCGAUGGAGAAAUCGAACACUCAGCAAUCAAAAAUUACUUUAGACAAAGAGGUAAAAAUGAAAGACACUUCUCGGGAAAAAACAAAAAAAUCAAAAACUCAAGUUAAGAAAAUUGGGAAAUACACAGCUAAUACGGACGAGGAGCAGGCGCAACCACCGAUAGAAAACAAACCGGAGGCUAAAUAUCCUUAUCCGCCUGUUCCUAAGAAUAUGGGAUGGAAUUGGACUGCUGAAGAUAUUCCUGGUAUGAAGCCUCGUCCUAAAUGGAAACCAGGAGCAGCCAACAAAAUUUUGGUAAGAAGAUAUCGAGCAUUAAGAGAGGGUACAGACACAAUUGCUAAAAAGAAACGGGCCCUGAUGCAGCGCAAAAAGAAAGUAGAAUUGAGACCAACAAUAACAGUCACAAAAAAAGAUGGAGAAUUUACAAUUGAGAUGGAGGUAUUUAAAAAAUAUUCAAAAGAACGACUAGUACAUCAAUUUCCAUAUGAGGAGCGUCCACCUCUAACUUAUACCAUAGGAAAGACCGAGGAAGAAAAGAAAAAACUGCAAAACCAACGUGAAAAGAGAGCACGAAGGGAGACUAGAAGAAAAAGUCAAUUCUUGCAGUCUACGUUUAGGGAUAAAUGUCAAGAAAUUUGUUUAAAAGCAUAUGAUCAAGCGAUAGGGAUGCUGCCACUUCCCAACCCCAAUGACCCCGAUUGUCCUUGCAUUACUGGCCCACCGAUCGAGAAAUCUCCUUUAGAUUCAUGUUCUUGUUCUGAAGCUGAAUCCAUUUCAAGUAGUGAUACGGAUAAUGACGAAUGGGUUAUAGAAUUCUCGCCACCAGCUGCAAAAUGGAACCCUAAAGCUAAAAAUGCACCGGUUUCAGUAAAUAAUGAAACUCAAUAUACAUAUCUAGACUACAAAGUAAAACUCUAUGAUAAAAAUGGUAACCCUGUGCCAAGAUUUUUCAAAUCCCACGAGGGUAAGACGGAAUGUAGUGACUUAGGUGGGUUCUGGGGACCUGGAAAAGUAUGGCUGGAGAUCAAUAAAGACGGAUACAUAGGUCCUGACGAGCGCUGGGUUCCAAUGAACUUUAUAGGCCCUGAUGGAAUGUUCUAUUCCGCAGAAGAGGGUUUUAUAACUGACAGUAGUGGACAAAUUUUGAAACUAGGAAUAGAUGGAUACAUUGAUAAGGACCUUAACUGGGUUUUUUAUGCGAAAAAGAAACAGAGUCCAAAAUCAAUUGCUACUGCUUCUUCGGCUAAGUCACCCAGUCCAACAGCAGCUCUUCAAGGCAAAGGCGACGGUAAAAGUAAAUCAGCUUCUCCGACUGAAACCUUGCAAGCUUCCAAGUCCAAAUCUGGUGAUAAAAAGGAAGUUCCAGUAGCCAAAAAGAAUGAUAAAAAGGGAAAAGGAAACAAUCCCUUGGUGAUGAGGCUUAUGGUCGAUUACCCAGGAAGGAGACGGCCACGAUUCCAUGCCCCCAAAAUGCGUAAAUCUGAAUUGGACCGUAAAAAACUGGCGAAAUAUUGCGAAAUAAUGGGUGAUAUCAAAAUGUACGACGAUAUACACGAACUGAAACCUCCCGUGAAAACUAACAGAGCAUCCAAUACUCCUAUUAAAAUGUUUUCAAGGCCUAGACCGCCUGUCAUGAAAUUGCAGCCAGAAAAAGUACAAAGUAAAAGAAACACAAUUGAAUAA